AUGCCUUACCUGCAUUUUGACACCUACAUCGACGUUCUUCAACGGAGAAAGUUUAUCCUGCGUCGUAUGCAACAUGGUCGGGCACGUCCCGUUCCCCGCGAGAUAGCCGGCCUUGAGUCUCCAGAGUUGAGGAUGAUAUGGGAGUAUAUCGGCUACGACCCUCCACUUAACUACCGACGCACGUUAGACCAGUUCGCGUACCCGUCGCUGAGAGAUACGUGGGCGCGCGAUGAUGACCAGAUGCUCUACAAGCUGACUAAAGACCGGGCUUCUGGUGGUGCUAAUCGGGAACUGAUGACCUUGACGAGGAGGCAGACCCUCGGAUCCACCGGGAGUCCAUUUGACAGGCUGUCGCCUUCAAGUACUGGACUGCUGGAAGAGGAAAGUGACAGCGACGAUGAGACUGAGGAUCUGGAAGAGGUUAUCAAAGAUGGAAAAGUUCUCAUGGUCGACCAGCUAUGGCUAUGGGCCAUUGACAAAAAAACCUUGACGACCUUCUUCUCGAAGCGAGAAUCUAAAGCAAAGGAGGGCCCUCUGUUCGGUCAAGCAGACUUGAGAAAUAGUGUCUAUAACGAACUCAAUGGCGACUUGACAGGUCGUUGCGAAAAUGCGCUUGACCUGGCGGCAUUCGUCGUCUUACACGCUGUCACCGUACUGCUCGAUCGAGCUUCGCAUCCUGACUUGGAAAUCUUCAGAAUCUUUGAGGAGGCGAUAAGCAUGCUUACCGAACGCAUGACCUCUUCAUUGAAGCGCUUUCGCAUGCAGACUUUCAAAGAUGCAGGCGUAGAUUCCGACUCGGAAAGCAAUCGACCUGAGUCCAUCAAGAAGCGUCACAAGAGAGAGCUUCAAGAGGCCGAGCGCGAGAAUCGAGAAAACACAUCCGCACUAAUGGAGCUCCGAGACUUGGAAGACGAGUUGAAAUCGCUCGAGAGACUCUUCGAAGCGCAGGAUGCAGCAGUAAAAAACAUGAAGAGCAUAGUUGAGAGCGAAGAACUGAAGAUGCUGACCCGGAAUGGGAGGAUGUACCUUGAGGAAGCUCUUGGCAAGUUGGACGAAUACCGAAGUCAGACGGCCGAAAUGCUAAAACGGGUAGACACAACACGCAACGAUUACGAGAAACUUCUCGAAAUGGUUCAGCGUCAGGCUCAAGUAGACGAGGUUCGUUGGUCCCGUCUCCAAACCGAGCUCGCAUCAUCACAAAAUUUGUCGGUCAUGAUCUUCACGACGUUUACCGUCAUUUUUCUACCGUUAUCCUUCUUUACGGGCCUCUUCGGCAUGAACACCACGGACUGGGAUAGUGACAAAGGCACUCUUCCUUCGCUGAGAGAUAUUGGGGCAAUCUCAUUGCCAGUCUCUAUCUUCCUCAUCGUAGCCGCGCUUGUUGGCGCCUUUAGUUCACGCGUUCAGGAGGUCGUGCGAAGUGGAUACAAGGGCGGCAAGAAGGUUAUCGUUUUCGCGUGGUCAGGCGUUAAGAAGGUUGUUCCCGAGAAAAGGAGGGAACGCCGGCGGCAGCGAAUCGACAAUCAGGAGAGGGAGGAGCGGAAGACAAGGAUGAGAGACCGAGGAUAUGACUUCUGGGCAACUGUCAGGAGGGAGAGGGGCAGCGAGUAUCGAAUUCCUGAAGUGAAUCGCAAUAAGGCCAGCCCUCACCCAACGUAA